GGAUCCUUGGCGGGUCUGUUGAAUGUUAUCUCUCCGCUGAUGAGGAAGCACACAAUCUCUAUUCUUUUUUUAAAUGGGAUUUUUGAUCGGAAUAAAGAGGACGGGUCAAUUUACGCUCAACCGUCUCCUCGAGCCCACAUGAUUCCUCAGUCCGUCUUCUCGCUCGAUCAGGCAUUUCAUGAAUCAAGCUACAGAGAUUUCCCCGACAUUUCAAAUUUGAGGGGGAAAAGUGCCUCCUCCCCUCCUGAGGGAAUUGCUAGCAAAUUGAAGAUCUCCGAUCAACACAGUCGUCCCGAGG